AAUCGCAAAAGACAUGAAAUCACCUUUUGCUCUCAUCCUGCUUAUUUCACUUGCCCUGUAUGCAAGCAGCACAGAUGGAAGAAAAGACGCCGGAGAAUAUUGGAGAAUUGUGAUGAAAAAUGAGGCCAUGCCCAUGGCAAUCCAGCGUCUUAUGCCUCCGUAUGACGCUCUCGAGCCAAGGCCAACUGUAACAACUUAUUAUCAUGAUGACUCUAGUUUCAAACAAGAAAAUUCUUUUGACCCAAGGCCGACUAUAACUGCUUACUAUCAUGAUGAUGUUGGUCUCAAACAAGAAAAAUCAUCAUUUACUAAAGAUUUUGAACCAAGACAAAUUGUGACUUCUUACCAUGACAAUGAAGCCAAUCUUAAAGAAGAAAAGUCUUUUGAACCAAGGCCAAAUGUUAGUAUGUACAAUGAUUGAUAUUGCAAAGGCAUUGUGUGUCAUUUAAUUUUCUUGUAAAAUCCCUCCCAGUGAACGCCCUUUCGAUGUUAUGUGGUUUAUGGAAUAAGGAUUAAUAAACAUUUGUACUAUAGUAUUUCUUGAGUUUAAUGUAAUGGUUAAUUGUUUCAA